GGGCGGAGUCAAACCUGCGGGUGGUGGCGGCUGCACUCGCAGGGCCCUGGCAGCCGGCCGUGGCCCCAAGGACCAAACGCCCAGGGGAGGAGCAGCACUGGGACCCCGCGCCGGCUGGGAGUCCCCCAAGAAAACCUCAUGGAAAAAUUCAGUGUGUGUGACAGAACAAAGCAAAGCUGCUGUGGUUGAAGUUGAGGCGACAGAGCCCUGUCUAUUCAGCAGUCCUCCGCCUCCUCCCUGGGAGCCCUGUUUGCAAGGCCCUUGUCUAGGAAAUACCUCCUCUUGGCGUGAUGCCACCUGGAAGCCACUCUUAAUACGAUGGAAACAUAUCUGAACUUCUAAAAGACCAAUGUUUGAGUUUUAGCUCUAUGAAUUUUACUUAAUCUUUGAAUUCACAAUGACAACAGUGACAGUGACCACAGAAAUUCCUCCAAGGGAUAAGAUGGAAGAUAAUUCUGCCUUGUAUGAGUCUACAUCUGCUCACAUUAUUGAAGAAACCGAGUACGUGAAAAAGAUUCGAACUACUCUGGAAAAGAUCAGAACCCAAAUGUUUAAAGAUGAAGUAAGACAUAAUAGUACAAAUCACAGUCUAGACACAAAGCGCUGUGGAAACCUUCAACAGGGCUCUCAUUCUGAAAUGGAUCCUUCUUGUUGCAGUUUGGAUUUGCUUAUGAAAAAGAUAAAAGGAAAAGACCUACAGCUCUUAGAAAUGAACAAAGAGAAUGAAGUAUUGAAAAUCAAGCUGGAAGCCUCCAGAGAAGCAGGAGCAGCAGCUCUGCGAGACGUGGCCCGGAGAUUAUUUGAAAACUAUCAAACACAAUCCGAAGAAGUGAGAAAAAAGCAUGAGGACAGUAAACACUUACUCCAGGUUAACAAGGUUGAAAAAGAACAGAAAUUGAAACAACAUGUUGAAAAUCUGAAUCAAGUUGCUGAAAAACUUGAAGAAAAACACAGUCAAAUUACAGAAUUAGAGAACCUUGUACAGAGAAUGGAAAAGGAGAAGAGAACACUACUAGAAAAAAAACUGUCUUUGGAAAACAAGCUACUGCAACUCAAAUCCAGUGCUACACAUGGAAAAAGAUGCCAGGAUCUUCAGAUGGAGAUUUCCAUUCUUCAGGAGCAGAUCUCUCAUCUGCAGUUUGUGAUUCACUCUCAGCAUCAGAAUCUGCGCAGUGUCAUCCAGGAGAUGGAAGGAUUAAAAAAUAAUUUAAAAGAACAAGACAAAAGAAUUGAAAAUCUCAAAGAAAAAGUUAACAUACUCGAAGCCCAGAAUAAAGAACUAAAAACCCAGGUAGCACUUUCAUCUGAAACUACUAGGACAAAGGUAUCUAAGGCUGUUUCUACAAGCGAAUUGAAGACCGAAGGUAUUUCCCCUUAUUUCAUGCUGAUUAGGUUACGGAAAUGAACUGGCUGGAUGAAGAUCUGAUUUAGAAAGACUGCGCAUUGAGAUAACGAAGAGCAUCCCAGAGGAAACACCAUGAGAGGGAAUAUCCAACCACGAUCCAUCUUAGGACCUGCCAUGAUGCUGCAGAAAUCAGAGGAGCUGGGCAGUUAAUGCUGAGAAUUUCACUGGGGGCUAAUAGCAUAAAAGCUUCCAAAUUAUUCAUAUUUGGAUUCAUGGUACAUUUAUGUGUCUAGUCCAUCCUAAGAAUAUUAUAAAGAGACAUUUCCUUGGAUCUGCCUGUGUUUCUGAAACUGAUUCAAUACCAGACAGAAGUUGGUAGAGGGAAGCUAAAUAACGGAUUGGGAGUUUUAGGGUCUUCAAUGUGUAUAACAAAAAAAUAUGCACAUAGUAUGAAAAAAAUAGGUUUGACUGGAAAAAAAUUAUAGGAUGAGGAAACAGCCAGUCAAAAAAUCAUACGCUCAUAAUAAAAAAAAAUGAAAAUACAUUGUCUCUGUUAUUGGUAAAAUUGACUGAAAUAAAUAAUAUUUGAUAGGAAUGGCUUGUAUUUAUCAGAAACUAAGAUCAAAAAUUAAUGUAAUGUUAGAUUAGGCACAAGGACAGACUAGGCCAAUGUAGGCCAAUGAAAAACAACUUUGUUAUUAUUUCUUGGAAAGAAAAGGCAGAUUUACAUUAAAAAAUACUGACCAAUUUUUUGGUAUAUAGGCCCUUCCUCACCCAACCCCACAAAUACAGCUCAACUAUAGGUGUUUUUGCCUUUGGCAAAAUAAAAUCAUAUUAUAAUACAGAAUGAGGUAUUAUCAUUUUUUGUGUGAUUAAUGACAUGGAAAUUCAGAGUGACCAUAGAAUUGAUCCACCAUUGUUCCAAAGUUACUGAUCAACAAAAUAACACACCUGCAUUUCUGCAAUUGGUUGAAAGCCAGGAAUGGGUGGAGUUUGGAGGGAAGAAAUGUGAUUUAGAGUUUCUAGUGCUUUUGUAAACUAAAAGGAAACCCGCAAUAAUUGUCACUUUUUGUUUCAUAUCACCAGCAUAUUUCAUCUAAAAAAAUUCAGGGCUAGUUUUCCUUGACUGCAUUUUAAAAGAGAUUUAAUAAACCAUAACUGUUAAUUUCUCCUUUUAUUUUAUCAACAUGUACUAAGAAAAAAUGAAAUGUGAACCUGAACACCAAAUUGAUUUCUAAAAUUUUGUUUGAAAUGGAAACCUCUGAAGUUCUCUUAACCCCAGCUGAUAACGUCAGCUCCUAAUAGGCUUGAGUGAAAUUUGGCUAAGUAACCCUUCCAGAUAUCUUUAACAGAUACAAUUAAUUUAAGCUGUACAAAUGCCAAUCUCUCAUACUUUCAUUUUUUUCCAGGGUAUUUGUCUUGUACUUUGUCAUUUACAGUCCUGUUCUUGUCGAUGUGCUAUUUAUUAAGAAUAUAAAGAUGGCAUUAUGACACUAUCUCCUGCAUUUUAGAAGUGUGACAUUUACCUAUUUGUAACCUUAUCAGUAAUUUAGUCAUUCUAGUACAGCUUUUUGGGUGUACAUAGUAAUGUCAUUCAUAAUGAGCCAAAUAGAAUUCUUCAUUGUGUAUCCAUUUUUAGCUAGUACAUUUUCCCUAACGCAAAUCUAAAAUUAUCCAUCUGAUUCAAUAUAAUAAGUAAAUCCAAUCUUUUGAAAAUCUUCUUCCUGUGUUCUCCCUUUAGUAGCCCACCCUUCGAUGUGACAGGUAACUUGUUCUGAUUUAAAACUCACUGAUAGUUCUUUUAUAUUGUCUUAUUUACUCAUUUUCUCUAUAA